AUGGGUAAAAAUAAAAAGAAAAGCAAAAAACAAGAUGAUACAGAGGAGAUUACCACACAACUUCAAAAUGAUAUCCUGGAGCCUAAUCAUGAGAUAGAAAAGAGUUUAGAACAGUCAGAAAAAGUGCCUGAGGUGAUUGAGACAAAUGGGGUAUCUUCAAUGGCGUCGCAAUCAGAGACGAACAUUGAAAACUUGACGUUGGAGAAGCUACAACAAGUGGAGAAGGAAAGAGACGAAAUCAAACACUCUUAUGACAAUUUAGUCAGUCGAUUAUCUUCAUUCAAAACCGUGUUUGCCAACAUGAAAAAGGCGGAAGUGGAACUAGAAGAGAAAUCAGAGCUAGUGGACAAAUUGAAUGAGGAUAAUGAUAAAUUAAAGGAAGAGAAUAGUCGAUUGAAAAAAUCCCUUGAAAACGAAGCUUCCAACAAGGUUGAGCAGACCUUAUAUUCUCAAUUACAAGAACAAAACACAAAUCUUAAUAAUGAAUGUGAGAAAUUAAGCGAUACUUUAACUAAAACUCGACGAGAGUACACUUCAACCAUUGAAGAAUUACAAGAUGAGAAAUACAGCUUAGAAAACGAAAAUUCCAAGAUGUCUAAAAAGGUCCACGAGUUGAAGCAGCAAAUAAACGACCUAACAGUAGCUCAGGGUGAGUUUGAUCAGGAGAAAAGAGAUUUGGCAGACUCUGUCAAUGUUUUUAAAGAACGUCUUGAUGUGAAAGAUAAAGAGCUCAAGAGUGCCAAUGCAAAUAUAGAGGAAUUGAACAACCUCAUAUCAGAAAAUAGCAAGUUGUUUGAAAAAGAAAAGCUGUCUUUGUUGGAGAGAAUUGAGGGAUUGAACAAAAUCAUUGCAGAAAAGGACGACACGAUUGAAACUCUACGCACAGAAGUGAGAAAUAUGAAGCAAAAACUUUUGGAAUCCGAGUUAAAGUCUUCUGAAAUAGCUGACUUGAAAAAGGAAUUAAACAAUAAGCAACUUCUUAUUGGAAAAUUACGUCAUGAAGCUGUUAUAUUAAACGAACAUUUGACUAAGGCAUUAACGAUGAUGAAGCAAAAAGGGGAAGGAUCAAACAAGACCGUGGAUGCAGAAUUACUAUCGAACGUUAUAAUUAGCUUUUUGCAAUUUCCUCGAGGGGAUUCCAAAAAAUUUGAGGCGUUGCAGUUGAUUAGUGCAUUAUUAGAAUGGGACCAACUGCAAAAGAUCGCUGCCGGUUUGCAACAUGUGCCGAAUGCAAAAGGUGGUAGGACCAAGGUAGACCCCGAUGGAAAUGAGACACCCACGAGGCAAAGCUUUAUAUCAUUGUGGACUGAAUUUCUAGAAAAAGAGUCUAGUGGGAAGUAA